GCCUGGCCAAUCGGUGCGCUUUGCUGCUCUUAUGCAACUGGGCUGUCCGUCCACUCCGGAUGGGAUUUAAGUCAGAGAUCUCUGUCACAGUGUUCCAGGGUGACUUCUGAAGCUCCAGCUUUUAUGUGAACAGUGAUUGGUCAGCAUGAAGAUCGCUGUGAUUGGUCAAAGCCUGUUUGGUCAAGAGGUUUUUAAGGAGCUGAGGAAAAAUGGCCACACCAUCGUUGGAGUCUUCACUGUGCCAGAUGAAAAUGGAAAGGCCGACCCUCUUGGUAAGAUGUGGUUCUGGGAACAGUCUGGAGAAUAUUGUGCAUUUCUAUGGUUUGAGGGAGCUGUGAGGUGUUCUCCACCUGUCAUUACAGCAGCGGCGGCGGAGAAGGAUGGCGUGGCUGUUUUCAAGUUCAAGAGCUGGCGAGUGAAGGGAAAAGCAAUUCCAGAAGUGGUGGCUCAGUAUAAGGCCACGGGUGCAGAGCUCAACGUCCUGCCCUUCUGCUCCCAGUUCAUCCCCAUGGAGGUCAUCGACCACCCCAAACACGGCUCCAUCGUCUACCAUCCUUCAAUACUUCCUCGCCACAGGGGAGCCUCCGCAAUCAACUGGACCUUGAUCCACGGCGAUAAAAAGGGUGGGUUUACAGUGUUUUGGGCCGACGACGGCCUGGACACUGGACCAAUCCUGCUGCAGCGGGAGUGUUGCGUUGAACCAAACGACACCGUCAACACGUUGUACAGAAGAUUUCUCUUCCCUGAGGGGGUCAAGGGGAUGGUGGAGGCAGUGACACUGAUAGCAGGAGGAAAGGCGCCAAGAAUUCCACAGUCCCAGGAUGGAGCAUCGUACGAGUGUAUACAGAAGAAAGCCAACGCUAAGAUCAACUGGGACCAGCCCGCAGAAGAUCUGCACAACUGGAUUAGAGGAAAUGACAACAUGCCAGGUGCUUGGGCAGAGCUCAAUGGACAGAUGCUGACAUUCUUUGGCUCCACUUUACUGGAGGACGGUGUCGACGUGUGUGGCCAACCCCUGGAGAUCCCUGGAGCCAGCCAGCCAGGCGUUGUGACAAAACGUGGCCUCGUGCUUUAUGGCAAUGACGGCAAGGCACUGUUGGUGAAAAAUCUGCAGUUUGAAAACGAUAAAAUGUUCCCUGCAGAACAAUAUUUUGAUUCUAAAACAAAGACAGUUUUGGAACUGUCUGAAGAAGAAACAGCCUUUGCGGAAGAGAUGAGGGGAGUGUGGCAGAGCAUUUUACCAAACGUAGCUCAGAUCGAGGACCCCACUGAUUUCUUCAAAUCUGGCGCUGGCUCAAUGGAUGUUGUCAGACUUGUGGAGCAGGUGAAGAUGCGUGUCAGCAGCUGCCAGCUGCAAAACGAGGACAUCUACAUGAACACGACGUUCCAGGAGUUUAUUCAGAUGUGUGUAAGAAAGCUGCGCGGCCAGGAUCAGGAAGACGAGAUGGUCAUUGACUAUGUGGAGAAACACAUCAACAACGGGAUUGUUAGGAUGCCGCACCAGCUGUUCAUUAAUGGAGAGUUUGUUGAUGCGGAGGGACAGAAAACCUACAAGACCAUCAACCCAACCGAUGGAACGACCAUCUGUGAAGUUUCCCUUGGUCAAAUAAGCGAUGUUGACAAAGCGGUGUCUUCUGCCAAAGAGGCUUUUGAGAACGGAGAAUGGGGCAAGAUGAAUCCGCGAGACAGGGGCACCUUGUUAUACAGGCUUGCUGACCUGAUGGAGCAGCAUCAAGAGGAACUGGCCACCAUUGAGUCUCUUGACUCAGGAGCGGUGUACACUCUUGCUCUCAAGACUCAUAUCGGCAUGUCGAUACAAACAUUCCGCUACUUCGCUGGUUGGUGUGAUAAAAUCCAAGGCAGCACCAUCCCCAUCAACCAAGCCAGACCCAAAAGAAACCUCACAUUUACCAAGAAGGAGCCGAUUGGUGUCUGUGCACUUGUGAUUCCCUGGAACUACCCGCUCAUGAUGUUGGCCUGGAAGUCAGCAGCCUGUCUGGCCGCUGGCAACACAGUCAUCAUCAAACCGGCCCAGGUGACGCCCCUGAGUGCCCUGAAGUUUGCAGAGCUAGCAGCCAAAGCAGGCAUUCCCAAGGGAGUGGUGAACAUCGUGCCUGGAUCCGGCUCUUUGAUAGGUCAGCGCAUGUGUGACCACCCUGAUGUCCGGAAAGUGGGAUUCACUGGGUCAACUGAGAUUGGCAAGCACAUCAUGAAAAGUUGUGCCCUUGUUAAUGUGAAAAAAGUUUCCCUGGAACUCGGAGGAAAGUCCCCUCUCAUCAUCUUUGGUGACUGUGACCUGGACAGGGCUCUUCGCAUGGGUAUGAGCUCCGUGUUCUUCAACAAAGGAGAGAACUGCAUUGCAGCUGGACGACUUUUUGUUGAGGACACCAUCCACGAUCAGUUUGUCGAAAAAGUGGUGGAGGAAAUAAAGAAGAUGAAGAUUGGUGAUCCACUGGACCGCUUUACAGAUCAUGGACCUCAGAACCAUAAAGCCCACCUGGACAAGCUUGUGGAGUACUGUCAAACUGGUGUCAAGGAAGGCGCCACACUGGUCUGUGGAGGCAAACAGAUCAAGCGACCAGGUUUCUUCUUUGAACCCACGGUCUUCAUAAACGUGCAGGACCACAUGCACAUUGCUCAGGAAGAGUCGUUCGGACCCGUCAUGAUCAUUUCCCAGUUCAAGAGUGGAGAGAUCGACGAAGUCCUGCGGAGGGCCAACGCCACUGAAUACGGCCUGGCGUCAGGAGUUUUUACACAGGACGUCAGCAGAGCUUUGUACGUCAGUGACAAGCUUGACGCUGGCACAGUCUUUGUCAACACCUACAACAAGACGGAUGUAGCGUCGCCAUUCGGAGGAUUUAAACAGUCAGGCUUUGGCAAGGACCUGGGGCAAGAGGCGCUGAAUGAAUACCUCAAGACGAAAACCGUCACCAUCGAGUACUGACCUGCAGAUUUCUCUGUUUUGGUUGAAAGAUCAAAACACGUGUGAAGCCCACACACACUCACACGCACUCAAACACACCAUGACAAUAAAGGCUCCGCUGAACUGGAACUUUGUGCCAGUUUUUAAGAUGUUGUGCAGGUAGCAAAGGCCAGUGAUCUGUAGAAUGAGGGAGACAGUGGAGAGCCCCAGAUUAAGUGGUGGAAGUUUCGCUGAAGAGUGGAAAGUUGCUCCAGACGUCAGAGAGUGGGCCGUCUGGUCACGGUCCAACAGCAUGUGUAUGUUCCUAAAAGCUCUUACUACAGUAGU